AUGUCCUUCGAACCUCCUGUUCGUCGUCGACGGCGGAUUCGACCCUGUCAAUUUGGUCCGGGUGGUUGUUAUUUACGACCUAGGUUCCUCGAGAAAUUUCCUCCUGAACUGCUGAUCCAGAUCGCUCUUUAUUUGGACAAACGUACGGCUUGUGCGCUGGCUGUAACGUGUAAGGCAGCAACGGUUCCUGCUGAACUCGCUAUAUACGAGAGAAUAUCAUUGACUACAACCUCAUGUAAUCGACCUUGCUCACUCACCAUACCGGGAAAGCUAGACAAAUCCUCUCUACCCAUCCUCCGUGCAACAUUCAAAGGAUAUCCUGAUUCUAGGGAGGAUGCCGCCAACUCCGUUCUCACUAUCUCUCAAGACGUCACGGAAUUCCUGAAAGAGAAGACAUCUCGUCAUUCCGCAUCGAAAGAGUUAGUGUUGGAUUAUGAUCCCUUGGUUCCUGCUCAUCUUCGAGACCUACUGGAAACGGUGAAGGUAACUCUGACUACCUUACGAUUCGAAGCUCCCUUAUCCGUCCUUCCUGUCAUUCUACCAAAUGGGUUCAUCCCUCUCUCUGAAGUCUUCGAGUCCCUUUCCACCCCUUUGUACCGAUUACGGAUCCUCAAUUUGGUGUACGAAGAAAUAUGGGAUGUGUCAUUAAGAGCAAUGCUCAAGAAAAUGCCUGAGUUGAGGGAAUUACACUUGACACCAAUGUCGCCAUGGUGUGAUGGUUGGUGUGAAUGGAAACCCGCCGGAUCUCCAAUUAUCAAAGGCGAUUGGCCCAAGUUGGGUCAUCUUCAUAAACUCGAGAUUGAGGAUAUGAACGUACAUUUCCAAGAUAUGGUUUUAGCCUUGAUUCAAUCCGCCAAUCAACUGUCCUAUGUCAAAUUCACCGAUAUCAUGAAGGAAUGGGAUUUGGACCAAGCGGGAAAUAUUUUGCAGUUGCUGGGUGAGAAGUCUAGUGUCAAGUUUUUGGGUAUCCCGUAUCAUCUUCGACCUAUACUUGGUAAAACUGGUCUUUUCCAAAGUGUGGAGAUGAUAUCAGAGGGAGAUGAUGGAGGUGAUAGUGAUAUUUUUCUCAACGACAUAUAUAUUCCUCCUCUUCCAAAUCUGAAACGACUAUUCAAACGAGUUCGACCAACGGAAACACCCUUCGUUCUUACCCAAGAAGAUCCCCUCCAUCCUCUCCAAAAUCAUCUGAAAUCCAACGGUCAAAUGAUUUCUGACGCCUUGUUUCAACAAAUCGUCCACGCCCCUCAACUCGAGAUGAUUCAAUUUGUCCCUACCAACGACGGAGAGAAGAUUGACUAUCUCCAUGAAACUGUCGAAGAGGCGGAAAGACACGGAAUGGAGGAUGAACAUCCUCUUUGGGGUUAUUGGGGUUCCGAUGAGGCGAUUGAGAAGAACGAUCGAGUGAUCCUCAUCCGAUCAUACACUGACUCAACUGAAAGAGAACUCGUCCAUUGUAGAGGUUACCAAGCCUCGGUGAAACACAUGCUGGACAGGUUAUGCUUAUUUGGUGGGAUUUCAAUUUGUCGAGCGUUUUGGACCGACUUUACAAGUUAUAAAAGUCAUCAAGUUCCUUAUACACUUCUUAGAAGGGUGUAUUCGUAUAGUGGUAUGAAGACAGAAUGGUUUCGACCUGGAAGGGGGAUGAAGUUGAGUGACGAGUCCUGGAAUUUGCUGGACAAGUGGGAAGAAGCAGGGUUCGAGUGGCCACCAAAGGAAGGAUUACACGGAUGGUGA